AUGAGGAUCGGGAUCGGGACCCCUGCAGAGCUACAAUGGCUUAUUGCCGACACAGGGAGCGACCUAACUUGGACUCAAUGCCUCCCUUGUUUCAACUGCUUCGAGCAAAAGGCACCAAUUUUCGACCCCAAAUCAUCUUCGACAUACCGCUCCCUUAACUGCUCAUCAACCCUCUGCCAAGCACUUACGAAUGACCGCGAAUGUGGUGUCUCAUCGUGCCAAUACCACUAUGAAUACCAGGAUGGCUCGGCCACCAGUGGCAAACUCUCAACUGAAAGUUUCACCUUUGAAACCCCCAAAUCCACCUUAUCAUCCCUUAAACCUAGUAUUAGUGCUAUUCCCAGUUCUAGUCCCAGUACUAGUCCCAUUAAAAGUACCGCUAGUGCCACUUUUAGUAACGAUCAGGGCACUGGUGCAAUAAUCAAGGACCUUGGGUUCGGGUGCAGCUCCUCAACUACAGGGACCUUCGGCAAAAAUGGCGAGGCUGGUCUAGUCGGGCUUGGAGGUGGUCCCUUGUCUCUAAUCUCUCAAUUAGGGAACUCAAUUUCGAACAAAUUCUCAUAUUGCCUUGCCUCUAGGCAUGACAAGAAUGCGACAAGCGUGUUGAACUUUGGCGAGAAUGCCAAUAUCUCCGGCCUGAAUGUCUCGAGCACACCGAUAAUGAAUUUCGAGAAUUUUCCAACCUUUUAUUUCUUGAAUCUAUCAGACAUUAGCGUCGGUGAAAAGAGGCUAGGCAUUCCUACAGGAACGUUUGAUCUAACCCCAUCAGGAGAUGGUGGGUUCUUCAUAGAUUCGGGAACCACUAUGACUCUCCUGCCCAUUGAUGCUGUCCGAUUACUGCUGGAUGAAUUCAACGAUAUUAUCGAUUUUCCGUCUAUAGUUAAUCCUCCGAGUCCAUUUGAGAUAUGCUACAUAGUGCCGGAUUCCAGUAACAUCACCGGAUUACCAGAUAUUACAUUCCAUUUUUCCGGCGAUGCCGAUUGGAAGAUGGGACCGAGUAAUAUAUUUUAUCCCUUGCAUGAGAAUGUGAUUUGCCCGGUCAUUGUGAAUUCUCCGGCUGCCGGUCCUUCCAUUUUCGGAAAUUGGCAGCAGCAAAAUACGGUGGUAGAGUAUGAUCUUGGGGAGAAGAGAUUAUCCUUUGCACCUGCUGAUUGUAGAAGUUAUAGGGAGCUAUGA